AUGAAUUCGAACGCGAUUUUCAGAGUCGACGGCAUCGUCGCCGUGAUUACAGGCGGCGGGACAGGUAUCGGCCUCACAAUGGCGAGGGCCCUAGUCUCUCAAGGUUCCGCCAAGGUCUACAUCCUUGGGCGCCGUCUUGAGGUGCUUGAAGACGCAGCCAAAGAACAUCCCAACCUGAUCCCCCACAAGUGCGAUGUCACCUCAAAGGAAGACCUCCAAUCCAUUGUUGACCGCAUCACCAAGGAAGUCGGCUAUGUCAACCUCGUUAUCGCCAAUUCAGGUGUUCUUGGGCCUUCUGUUCGCUUUAACCCAGCGCAUUCCGUUUCCGAUUUGAAGAAGAUUCUCUUCGAUGACUUUUCCAUGACGGAAAUGACGGAGGUUUUGCAUGUGAACAUCACGGCUGCCUUUUUUACCAUGUCAGCCUUCCUUGAACUCCUUGAUGCCGGUAACAGGAAUGCUCUCAAGGGUGGUUUCGGCAAGCCAGACCAGGAAGGCAGCAACGUAAUCGCCAUCCAGAGCCAAGUCAUCUUCACGAGCAGUAUUUCGGCUUUCAGUCGGCACUUCUCCUCGACGCCCCCGUACUUGGCUAGUAAGACUGCUAUAAUGCAGCUCACUAAGCAGGCCAGCAGCCAAUUGGCUAGACAUGGGAUUCGUGUGAACGGGAUCGCCCCUGGGUUAUUCCCCUCAGAAAUUGCUUCUGGGCUUAUCGGUGACCGCAAGCCAGAGACCGAGUCUCCUGAUGAUACGAAAUUCAUUCCCGCGAGGAGGUUUGGGGGGGAUGAGGAGAUGACCGGAGCAAUCCUCUACCUUGCCAGUCGUUCCGGCAGCUAUUCGAAUGGUUCGAUCAUGGUCAUGGAUGGUGGCCGGCUGAGCGCCAUGGCUAGUUCCUACUAA